AUGGGCGGCCAUAAACGUUGGCUAUCGCAAAGACGCGCAAGCGAUCGCACGGGCUCGCAGAUCCUCGCAACUGCUCGCAAGGCCCCGUUAGUCCGUGCUGCGACUCGCUGCAGUGCGCUGCAGCUUCCUCGUCACCUCUCCACACGACCGACGUCUUUCGUCCUCCUCACCCAUCAUCACCAAGCAAUGAAGAUCCUGCCCAAAUACUGCACGGUCGACACGCUCAAAGUAGCGUCCCGCUAUGUCAUUAUUAUCUCGGCGACCUUUUUACUUGGUCUGCUGUUCCAGAGCUUCUCCGUAGACUACUACACGCUCUGGCGCCCGAGCGCGACCGUCGCGCCUAUUCUGGCCAAUUCGACAACGCCUCGUCGACAAUCGGAGGUCUCUACGGGCUGCUGCGUCUGCUCCUCACUCAAAAUACUGCUUUACGUCGUUUUUGUGCCGUCUCGUGGCCUGUGUCGCCCAGGUCCAGCAAUGCAAGCCGGACGAAAAGCUGUACACUAUACGAGCAUGGGUCUCUAUGUCGCCUCCAUCGUCCUCUAUCUCAUCAACGUCGUUCCGUACAUUCUCGGCGUCCCCCUCCGUGCCUACCACCAGUACCCCCGCGACACCUAUUUGGCCGUGCUUGCUGCGUCCCAGGUCCUCGUGUGCUUUUUGCUCGUCGGAGUCUUAAUCUUGCAGCUGGGCUACACGUAUGCUUGCCACAUCUCGGCCGGCAUGCGUCGUGAGUACGAAAGCGCCAACGCGUCCGGCGAGAAGGCAGCUGCGACUGAAUCAAGACUUCUUCCGAGAAGAGCAGAAGACCCCUGA